UUAAACGAAAGAAAAAGACUAAUCACCAUUUAAAAAUUAUUGCUUUUAUUACAUAACUACAUUCGGUAAGCGCUUUUUAACGAACAAUAAUAAUAAUAAUGUUAUGCUAAAUUAAACUCUACAUGUAUGAAAUAAGAGUUAAUAUACAGUAAGCAUUUAACCUCGGCUAAGUGUCGAAGCUCCGAAACAAGAUGCAGGGGAGGACGAGCGAGGGAGUGAAAACAAAAACAGCUUCUGCUUUGUUGUUUAUCUGCGGUACAGAGGCGGCGCGGGUGCUCGUAUAGCGUUGUUUUUAGUGAUAAAACAGGAUUCUGAAAAAAGAAUAGCGUCUUUUUCAUCGUCCAUCUGCGUUUUAAAGCCGGAUUACAGAUCUAAAUCUAAAUUUCGCGUGCUCAACAAUCAACGGUUCGCCCCAUAGUUUUAAUUGAUACAAAUUAAAAGUGGAAAUAACUCGAGGGCAUCCUGCGUGUAUUAAUUUGCGUUAAGUAUAAAUAGAAGGGGUGUGUUGGACGAAGCGGCCGGUGGUGCGAUGGUGAGCGGCGAGGGCUCGCGAGCAUGAGCGUGGCUGCGUGGUGCGCGCUGGCGGCGGCGCUGAGCGCGGCCCGCGCCGACAGCGCCGGCUCCGCGCUCCCGCUCCCGCAGGCUGGUAUACCGGGCGAGGAUGCGACGAACUCCGCGGGCGACGGCGGGCUGAGCAUGGUGACGUGCGGGCCCGACGAGUUCCGCUGCGCCGACGCGUCGCGCUGCGUGCCCGCCGCCUGGCGCUGCGACCUGCGCGCGCACUGCCCCGACGCCUCCGACGAGAUGGACUGCACUUACAACGCGACGUGCGGCCCGGGGCAGUUCCGCUGCGUGCGCAGCGGCCUGUGCAUCGCCGCCAGCUGGCGCUGCGACGGCGACGUGGACUGCGGGCCCACCGACACCUCCGACGAGGACGUCUACAUGUGCAACCAGGACUUCAAGUGCGAGGGCAACUCGGCGCGCUGCGCCACGCCGCGCGACGGCCGCUUCGACUGCGUGCCCGUGGCGGCCUUCUGCGACGGCCGCCGCGACUGCCACGACGACUCCGACGAGUGGGACAUCUGCGACAACUUCACGUCGAGCGCGUGCGGCUCGCUGGGCUGCGCGCUGGGCUGCCGGCCCACGCACGCGGGCGCGGCGUGCUACUGCGCGCCCGGCCACGAGCCGCGCGACACACGCUGCGUCGAUACCGAUGAGUGCGCCUCCGACAGGUAUUGCGCCCAGGUCUGCCACAACACGGUGGGAUCGUUCUCGUGCAGCUGCGUCCCCGGCUACACGCUGCGGCCGGACCGCCUGACCUGCGCCGCCAUCAACGACCCGCCGGACGAGCCGCUGUCGCUGAUCGUGGUGACGGAGCGCGGCGUGCAGCGCGCGUGGCCGGGCCGCGCCGCCGCCGCGCGCCACUCGCUCGACGCGCUCAACGUGCGCGCCAUCGACUUCCACUACUCCAACAGGAGCAUCUGCUACGUGCACCACAACCUGAGCCGCUCGGCGCUGGUGUGCGCGCGCGCCGACGAUCUGUCCGCGCGCGUCACGCUGCCCUCGCCCACGCUCUUCCCCAACCUCGACGCCGUGAGCCACCUGCGCAUCGACUGGCUGGGCAACAACUGGUACUUCGUGGACGAGCAGCGCGGCGCGCUGUACGUGUGCGCGGCGGCGCUGGACAGCUGCCGGCUGCUGCUGGACGCCGGCCUGGCCAAGCUGCACGGCCUGGCGCUCGACCCGGCGCGCGGGCGCAUGUACUGGUGCGUGUGGGGGAGUUCCGAGCCGGCGGUAGAGACGGCGCGCAUGUGGGGCGGCGCGCGCGCGGCGCUGGUGCGCCACAAGCUGGUGUACCCGGGCGCGCUGGCGCUGGACGCGGCCGCGCGCCGCCUGCACUGGGCCGACGCCUACCUCGACACGCUCGAGGACGCGCGAGCCGACCCCGCCGCCCUCCCCGCCGACCCCGCCGACGCCGCCGACCCCGCCGACCCCGCCGCCGACCCCGCCGCCGACCCCGCCGCGCUCGCAAGACGCACGCGCGCUAGAGGCCUGCAGGCGCAGCGCAUCGUGCAGAUCUCGACGCUGGAGGACGAGGUGUUCGUGCCGCUGUGGGCCGCGCAGGCCGUGGUGGCGGUGGCGGCCGACGGCGCGCGCCGCGAGCUGCUGGCGCUGCCCGCGCGGCCCACGCACGCGCUCGCCUUCCACCGCCAGGCGCAGCCGCUGCCCAGCCCGCCCGCGGAGCACCCGUGCGCGGCGCGGCGCUGCGCGCACAUCUGCGUGCCGGACGAGCGCGCGGGCGCGCCGCACGCGCACUGCCUGUGCCGCCACGGCUUCCGUCUGGUAGGCGCCGGUGACUGCGUCCGCGUGCGGCUGGACAGCUACCUGGUGCUGGCGCGGGGCUCGCCGCCGCUGGUGCAGGCGCUGGCGCUGCAGGCCGGCUCGGCGCUGGAGCCCGCCGCGCCCGCCGCGCACGCCACCCGGCCCUCCGCCGCCGACGUCGACGUGCGCGCCGACUACAUCUACUACUGCGACGUGCACAGAUACGAGAUAGUGCGUCAGAAACUGGACGGCAGCGGUCGAGAAGUCUUCAUCAACGAGGACGUCGACAACUGCGAAGGCAUUGCGAUCGAUUGGAUGGGAGGCAACCUGUACUGGACGGACGCGGCGCUGGGCCGCGUGAGCGUGGCGCGGCUGAGUGCGCCGGCGCUGCGGCGCGCGCUCGUGGACCAGCGCGACUACAGCCCGCGCUCCAUCGCGCUCGACCCGCAGCACGGGCUGAUGUACUGGGCGGUGUGGGCGGGCGCGGGCGCGGCGUGGGCGGGCGGGCGCAUCGAGCGCGCGCAGAUGGACGGCGCGCGGCGCACGGCGCUGGUGAGCGACGCGCUGCACUGGCCGGCCGGGCUGGCGCUGCACGCGGCGCGCGACGAGCUGUACUGGUGCGACACCUACCUCAACAAGCUGGAGCGCCUGCUGCUGCCCAGCAACAAGCGCGAGACGCUGCUGGCCAACUCGCCGACCACGCCCAUCGUCAAGCCCUACGGACUGGCCAUCUACGAAGACACGAUCAUGUGGAGCGAGCACGACUCGGGGCUGGUGCGCGCGCGCGCGGCCAACGGCAGCGUGUCGGUGCUGCACGCGCUGCCGCCGCCGCUCUACGACCUGCGCCUCGUGUCCGCCACCUCCCGCCACGGCUCGAACGCGUGCUCGCGCGACAACGGCGGCUGCGCCGAGCUGUGCCUGGCGGCGGGCGCGGGCCGCGCGUGCGCGUGCGCCCCGCCCCGCGAGCCGGCGGGCGGCGCCGCGUGCGGGCCGCCGCGCCCCGCGCCGCGCCUCACCACGCCGCCGCCCUGCGCCGCCGACCACUUCCACUGCGGCAAGGGCCGCUGCGUGGACUCAUUAUACGUAUGCGAUGGCGACGUAGACUGCCCCGACGGCUCCGACGAAGACGUGGGGCCCAACGGACCCUGCGCGAACGUGACAUGUGACGAGGACCAUUUCAUGCAAUGCGAUAAGAACAGGUGUCUGCCAAGAAGCUGGGUUUGCGAUGGUACCAAAGACUGCGCGGACGGGUCGGACGAGGCGGAGGCGGCGUGCGCGCGCGCGUCGUGCGGCGCGGCGCAGUGGGCGUGCGCCGGCUCGCGCCGCUGCCUGCCCGCCGCCUGGCGCUGCGACGGCGCUGUCGACUGCGGGCCCAACGACCGCAGCGACGAGGAGAACUGCGAGUCGGCGGACUGCGACAGCAACCUGAUGUUCAAGUGCGCGGAGGGCGGCGGCGGCGCGUGCGUGCCGUGGGAGUACUACUGCGACGGCCACGCCGACUGCGCCGACGCCAGCGACGAGCGCGCCUGCGCCUCGCCCGCGCCCGCGCCCGCCUCCGCUGAACCUGCUGCCACCACCGCGCGCAGUGACCGGCACCCGAAUCUCUACGACAAGGAUAAAGGAGGCCUGUGCGAGGAACACGAGUUCCAGUGCAAGAACACCGAGUGCAUUCGCAUGGAGUUCUGGUGCGACUCGCGCGUGGACUGCCUGGACGGCUCCGACGAGGAGGACUGUCCUCGCGGUGCCUCCACGGCCGCGCCCGCGCCCACCAGCCCCGCCCCGCCCGCGCCCGCCUGCGCGCCGCCCGCGCUGGCCUGCGACAACGGCACCCGCUGCGUGCCGCUGGCGCUGCAGUGCGACGGCCGCGCCGACUGCGCCGACGGCGCCGACGAGGCCGACCGCUGCGGCGAGCCGAUGUGCGAGCUAGCGGCGUGCUCGCACGAGUGCCACGCGGCGCCGGGCGGGCCGGUGUGCGCCUGCCCCGAGCCGCUGCGGCUGCAGCCCGACCAGCUGUCCUGCGCGCCCGCGCACGCCUGCUCCGACUGGGGCGUCUGCAGCCAGACGUGCCAGCCGCAGAAGAACGGCCGCCACAAAUGCACCUGCUACGAGGGCUACCGACUGGCAGACGAUGGAUUCACAUGCAAAAGCACAGUGAACGCGACGCCGCUGCUGGUGUUCAGCAACCGGCACGAGGUGCGCGCGGUGGAGCUGGCGUCGCUGACGUCGCGCGCGCUGCUGUCGGCGCUGAAGAACACGGUCGCGCUGGACUGGCUGGGCCGCCCGGCCGCGCCGCCGCGCCUCUUCUGGACCGACGUCGUCGACGACAAGAUCUACUCCGGCACGCUGCACGGCACCUCUCUGAGCGGAAUCGAAGUGGUGGUGGAGCAAGGACUAUGGACGGUGGAGGGCAUCGCGGUGGACUGGGUCGCCGAGAACCUCUACUGGGUGGAGAGCGGCCUGCACCAGAUCGAGGUGGCGCGGCUGGACGGGCGCUGGCGGCGCACGCUGCUCUCUGGAGACAUGGACAGCCCGCGCGCUAUCGCCGUGGACCCGAGGGUCGGCUACCUGUUCUGGAGCGACUGGGACGCGGCGGCGGCGCGCAUCGAGCGCGCGAGCCUGGCGGGCCGCGGCCGCCGCGUGCUGGUGCGCGUGGGCCCGCUGGGCGGCGGCGCCUGGCCCAACGGCAUCGCGCUCGACCACCUGGCGCACCGCCUCUACUGGAUCGACGCCAGGUCGGACGCCAUCCACACGACGACGUACGACGGCACGGGCUACCAGGAGGUGCUGCGCGGGCACGCGGCGCUGUCGCACCCGUUCGCGGUCACGCUGUUCGAGUCGCACGUGUACUGGACGGACUGGCGCUCCAACAGCGUCGCGCGCGCCGACAAGUGGCGCGGCGGGCACGUGGCCGUCGUGCAGCGCACGCUCACGCAGCCCUUCGACCUCAAGGUGAUCCACCCGAGCCGCCAGCCGCCGGCGGCGAGCAACCCGUGCGCGGGCAACGGCAACUGCUCGCACCUGUGCCUCAUCGACGCGCCGGCCGCGCGCGUCUGCGCCUGCCCGCACCUCAUGCGCCUCGCGCCAGACAACGUCACCUGCGAAGUUCACGAGAAGGUGAUCCUGAUCGCGCGGCGCGAGGAGAUCCGCGGCGUGGACUGGGACGAGCCGGCGCUGGCGCUGGCGCCCGCCAUCACGGCGCCGCACCUGCGCGCGCCCGCGCACCUCGCCACGCUGGCCGCCGACGGCGCCGUGUUGUGGGCCGACACCGAGACGGGCGAGAUCAAGCGCGCCAACAUCCGCGGCGGCGCGGCGGCCACGCUGGUGGAGGGCGCGGGCGACGGCGGCGCGGGCGUGGCGCUGGCCGUGUGCGCGCGCCUGCUGUACUACGCCGCGCCCGGCGCGCUGCUCGCCGCCGACGCGAUGGGCCGCCGCGCCGCGCGCCUGCUCACGCUGCGGGGGAACGUCACCGCGCUCGCCUGCGACCCGAUCAGGGGCCAGCUGUACUGGGCGAUAGGUGCGGGUGCCAGCGAACGGAUUGAAACGGCGGACGGCGCGGGCGGCAACCAGCGUGAACUACUACGCUCACCGCACGUGGCCGGCGUCUCCGGCCUGGCCGUGGACGCGGACGGGAACCGCCUGUACUGGAUCAACACCGGCACCGCCACCAUCCAGUACCUCGACCUUGACCACAUGAACGUGACCACGCUGGCGCUGGAGUGGGGCUCGCGGCCGGCGGCGCUGGCGCUGGCGGGCGCGCGGCUGCUGUGGGCGGACGCGGCCGGCGGCGCGCUGCGCUCGUGCCGCGCGCCCGACUGCGCCGACUCGCGCCCGUUGCUCCAGCACGCAGGUGACGUGCUGGCGCUGCGCGUGUACGACCCGGCGACGGAGGCGGGCGCGGGCGCGUGCGCGCGGGCGGCGUGCGCGCACCUGUGCCUGCCCGUGGCGCGCGACGCCAGCGUUUGCCGCUGCGCGCUCGGCUACGAGCUCAAGGGCGACGAUUGCGUCGCGAUCGACGAAGUGGUAGUGUAUUCGUUGAGCUGGGAAGUGCGGGGCGUGUCGGCGGUGCCGCCGGAGGGGGCGGAUGCCACAGAGGGGGCGGGGGGCUCGCUGCUGCCGCCCAUCCCGCAGCUCACCAUGGCCAGCUCCAUUGACUACCUGGCGGAGGGCUCGUGGCUGUACUGGGCGGACUCGGAGGGCGGGCGCGUGUGGCGCGUGCGGCGCGACGGCACGGGCCGGCAGGCGCUGGCGGGCGCGGCCGACGCCGACGCGGCGGGCGUGGCGGUGGACUGGCUGGCCGGCAACGUGUACUGGGCCGACCCGCGCCGCGCCGUGCUCGAGGUGGCGCGGCUGGACGGCGCGCACCGCUACGUGCUGCGCGACCCAGAGCCCGCCGCCGUCACCGCGCUGGCGGUGGACGCGGCGCGCGGCUGGCUGUUCGCGGCGGGCGGCGGCAGCGUGUGGCGCGCGCGGCUGGACGGCUCGCGCCGCCGCCUGCUGCACAACGGCACCGCCGUCGGCGACGUCGCGCUCGACCUGCAGAAAGCAGAGGUAUACUGGACGGACACGUGGGAGGGCAGCGUGUGGUGCGCGCGCUACGACGGCUCGCGCGCGCGGCGAGCGGCACGCAUAGCGGCCGCGGCGCUGGCCGUGCACGCCGGCCGCCUCUACUGGCUCGACCCGGCGCUGCGCGGAGGCAGCGUGGUGUCGGCGCCGCUGGGCAACCUGAGCGACCACACCGUGCUCGUCGACAACGCGGGCAGCAGCCUCAAGGACAUCCUGGUGUGGUCCCGCGCCGCGCAAACGUUCCCAUCCAACGUGACGCACGCUGCCACGGAAGCGAGCAACACGCUCGACUUAGACGCCGACGCUGCCGCCGACGCCGACUUGGACUUGGACCCCGACGUGGCGGCGGGCGACGCGGCGUGGAGCACGUGCGGCGGCGGCGGCGGCUGCGAGGCGCUGUGCCUGUUCGGCGGCCGCGCGCGCUGCGUGUGCCCGCACGGCGAGCUCGCGCCCAACGGGAAGAACUGCACGCCGUACAAGUCGUUCAUAAUGUACUCGCGCGUGACGAAGAUCGACAGCAUCCACCUGACGGACGAGCGCGACCUCAACUCGCCCUACCCGCCCAUACAGGACAAGGAGCUGAUGCGCAACGCCAUCGCGCUGGCGUACUCGUACAACGCGUCGCGCGUGUUCUACUCCGACAUCCAGCGCGGCGCCAUCCACAGCGCGCGCUUCGACGGCUCCGACCACCGCGUGCUGCUCGAGCAGGUGGGCGCGGUGGAGGGUCUGGUGUACGACUGGACGACGGACACGCUGUACUGGACGUGCGCCAGCGCCGCCGCCCUGCGCGCCGCGCGCCUGGCGCCCGAGGGGGGAGGGGCUCCCCGCGCGCGCACCGUGCUGCGGCUGCGCCACGACGACCGCCCGCGUGGCAUCGACAUAGACCCCUGCGAGAAACGCGUGUACUGGACGAACUGGCGCGCCAACAAGCCGUGCAUCGAGCGCGCGCUGACGUCGGGCGGCGCGCGCGCGGCCAUCAUCUCGUCGCGCGUGCUCAUGCCCAACGCGCUGGCGCUGGACCGCGCCGCGCGCCGCCUGUACUGGGCCGACGCGCGUCUGGACAAGAUCGAGCGCGCGCACCUGGACGGCUCGCACCGGCAGCUCGUGACGCAGGAGCGCGCCUCGCACCCCUUCGCGCUGGCCGUGGCGGGCGACUGGCUGGUGUGGACGGACUGGGUGGCGCGCGGCGUGUUCCGCGCGCACAAGCUGCGCGGCGGCACCGAGGCGCUGCGCCGCGACGUGCCGCGCCCCAUGGGCGUCGUCGCCGUCGGCCCGCAGCACGCCGCCUGCUCGUCGGACCCGUGCGCGGUGCUGAACGGCGGCUGCGCGGAGGAGUGCCACUCCGAGGGCGGAGUAGCGCGCUGCGCGUGCGGCGCGGGCCGCGUGCUGGCGGCGGACGGGCGCGCGUGCGGCGCGGCGGGCGGCGCGUGCGGCGCGCGCUGGGCGUGCGCGGAGGGCCCGUGCGUGCCGCAGGCGCUGGUGUGCGACGGCGUGCCGCACUGCAGCGCCGAGCCCGACGCCAGCGACGAGGACCUCUACUACUGCACGUCGCGCGUGUGCCCGGCGGGCUGGGAGCGCUGCGCAGCGGGCGGGCGCUGCAUCGCGGCGACGGCGCGCUGCGACGGCCGCGCCGACUGCGACGACGGCAGCGACGAGGACGACUGCGACUGCCCGCCGGCGCAGUUCAAAUGCUCGUCGGGCGGCUGCGUGAACGUGUCUGCGCGCUGCGACGGCGCCGUGCAGUGCCCGGACGCGUCGGACGAGCGCGCGUGCCCGGCGGCGUCGUGCGCGGCGCUGGGGCCGGACGCGCGCGCGUGCGCCGGCGGCCGCGCCUGCUACCUGCCGGCCUGGGCCUGCGACGGCAGCGCCGACUGCCCCGACGGCUCCGACGAGAUGGACUGCCCCACAGUCGAUCCUCCAACGGAGCCCAGCACCUUGGCGGGCGACGUGUGCGGGCCGGAGCAGUUCCGUUGCGGCGGCGAGGACGGGACGGGCGGGACGGGCGCGGGCGCCGAGUGCGUGCCGCUGGCCUGGCGCUGCGACGGCCGCAUGGACUGCGCUGAUGGUUCCGACGAGACGCUACACUGCAGCCGGCACGGCGCGAACAUCACGUGCACAGCCGAUCAGUUCGCGUGCGGCGCGCGCGGGCCGUGCGUGGCGGCGAGCGCGCGCUGCGACGGCGCGCACGACUGCCCCGGCGCCGCCGACGAGGCCGCGUGUCCUUGCCCGCCGCGCGCCUUCCGCUGCGCCGCCUCGCGCGUCUGCGUGCGGCAGGAAGCGUUCUGCGACGGCGACGCGGACUGCGAGGACGGCUCCGACGAGCCACCGGGCUGCUCGCACGGCACCUCAGCAGGCGAACCAAGCGUGGAGCCGACGGAACCUUUACCAGCGCCCGCGGAGCCACCAAGGCCCGCUGUGCACCCGCUGUGCGCGGCGGCCGGGCCGGGCGCGCUGUACUGCGCCGGGCGCUGCCUGCCGCGCGAGCUGCAGUGCGACGGCCGCGACCACUGCGAGGACGGCGGCGGCGGCGGCGCCGGCACCGACGAGGACCCGCUCGUUUGCAGCUCGUUCGCGACGGCGUUCGGCGGGCCGGACUCGCCGCUGGCGGCGGCGGCGGCGUGCGCGCGCGGGCUGUGGCGCUGCGGCUCGGGCGCGUGCGUGCCGCCGCGCGCGCUGUGCGACGGCGCCGACGACUGCGGCGACUACAGCGACGAGCGCGCCUGCAACGUGGACGAGUGCGCGGUGCUGAACGGCGAGUGCGCGCACAACUGCACCGACCUGGCCGUGGGCCGCGCCUGCUGGUGCCGCGCGGGCUGGCGGCGCGGGCCCCGGGGCGCCUGCCGCGACGUCGACGAGUGCCAGGAGGACGACCCCUGCGACCACCGCUGCAGAAACACCAUGGGCAGCUUCGUGUGCUCGUGCGAGGAGGGCUACAAACUGAUGGCGGACCGCAUCAGCUGCACGCCGAUAUCGACCGUGGCGGCGACGCUGAUCUUCACGAACCGGUACUACAUCCGGCAAGCGGCGCUGGAGGGCGGCGCGUCGUGGCUGCUGGCGCACAACCUCAGCAACGCGGUCGCGCUGGACGCCUGGUGGCGCGCGCGCUGCCUGCUGUGGAGCGACGUCACGCGCGCCGGCUCCUGCGUGCGCCGCCACUGCCGCGCGCACUGGCGCGACGCCACGCCCGCCGGCGACUUCCAGAUGCUGCACGGCGCCACGCUGCAGAACCCCGACGGGCUGGCUGUGGACUGGGUCGGCGAGAACCUCUACUGGUGUGACAAGGGAACCGAUACGAUCGAAGUGUCGCGUCUGGACGGCGCGCACCGCCGCGUGUUACUGCGCGGCGGGCUGCAGGAGCCUCGUGCACUCGCGCUACACCCGGCGCAAGGCACGCUGUACUGGUCGGACUGGGGCGGCGCGGCGCACAUCGGGCGCGCCGGAUUAGACGGCAGCGCGCGGCGGAUCCUCUUAGCCGGGCUGGGCUGGCCCAACGCGCUCACGGUGUCACCGGCUUCCAAGGAGCUGUACUUCGCGGAUGCACGCGAGGACUACAUCGCCGUCGCCGAUCUUGAUGGCAAUAAUGUGCGCGUGCUGCUCUCUCGUGAGCGCAUGCCGUGGCUGCGGCUGCACCACGUGUUCGCGGUGGCGGCGUGGGCGGGCCGCGUGUACUGGAGCGACUGGGAGACGCGCUCGCUCGAGAGCUGCCGCCGCCGCCGCCUGCCGCCGCGCCUCUACCAGACGGGCAACGUGUCGCUGGGCGCUGCGCUGGAGCGCGGCGGCGCGCACGACUGCCGCACGCUGCUGUCCACCGUGCACAAGCCCAUGGACCUGCGCGUGCUGCACCCCGCGCGCCAGCCGCCCAUGCCCGAGUUGUCGGCGCUGUGUGCAUCUCUGAACUGCUCCGGACUAUGCCUGCUGACACCAGCUGAAGAGGGCGGCGCGGCGGGCGCGCGCUGCGAGUGCCCCGAGCACUUCGUGCUGCGAGCCGACGGGCGCACGUGCGCGCCCAACUGCACCGAGGCGCAGUUCGUCUGCGCCACCACGCUCAAGUGCAUCCCCUUCUGGUGGCGCUGCGACACGCAGGACGACUGCGGCGACGGGUCGGACGAGCCGGCGUCGUGUCCCACGUUCCGCUGCGCGCCCGGCCAGUUCCAGUGCGGCUCUGCGCACGCCAGCCUCGACGCGCCCGGUGCUGCCACCACCCCCGUCGGGCCCGCACCCGCCUGCCUGCAUCCUGCGCACAUCUGCGACGGGGUCACGCACUGCGCUGACGGCAGCGAUGAGAGGGACUGCGACGCGUUCACGUGCCUGGGCACGCAGCUGAAGUGCGCGGGCAACGCGUCGCUGGGCGUGCGCGCGCGCUGCGUGGCGGGCGCGCGCUGCGACGGCCGCGCCGACUGCCCCGACGCCUCCGACGAAGCCGAAUGCCCGCCGCACACCUGCCCGCCGCAUCACUUCUCGUGCUUGGGCGGCGGCUGCGUGCCGCUGGUGUGGGUGUGCGACGCGGACGCGGACUGCGCGGACGGCAGCGACGAGGGCGCGCUGUGCGCCGCGCGCCGCUGUGCGCCCGGACACUUCCGCUGCGCAUCCGGACGCUGCAUCCCCGCCGAGUGGCUGUGCGACGCCGAGGCCGACUGCCCGCAGCGCGAGGACGAGGCGUCGUGCUCGGGCCGCGCGGGCCCGACGUGCGAGCCGACGUACUUCCGCUGCCCCUCGGGCCGCUGCGUGCCGGGCCGAUGGCGCUGCGAUGGCGAGGACGACUGCGGCGACGCGGCCGACGAGAUGCACUGCGAGCCGCGCAACUGCUCCGAGUCCGAGUUCAGAUGCGGCAGCGGCGAGUGCGUCCGCGGCGCGCUGCGCUGCGACGGCGCGGCGGAGUGCGCGGACGGCUCGGACGAGGCGGGCUGCGCGCCGGCCUGCCCUCGCGCCGCCGCCUGCGCCUCCGGGGACGCCUGCGUGCCCAACUCGUGGUGGUGCGACGGGUCGCUGGACUGCGCGGACGGGUCGGACGAGGCGGCCUGCGGGCGCGCGGCGUGCGGCGGCUGGCGGCUGGCGUGCGCGCGCUGCGGCCCGCCCGCCUGGCGCUGCGACGCGCGCGCCGACUGCGGCGACCCCGCUGAGGAGCGCUGCGCGGACUGCCCUGACAACCAGCACCGAUGUGACGACGGGACGUGCGUGCCCGAGAGCCUGGUGUGCGACGGGUACGCGGACUGCGGCCGCGGCAGCGACGAGAGUCCCGACCUCUGCCGCACGUGGCGCGGCGGCGAGCGCGACGGCGCGUGCGGCGCGCUGCAGGUGGCGUGCCCCGACGGCCGCUGCGUGCCCGCGCACGAGUCCUGCGACGGAGAGGAAGGCGCAUGCUCGUGGCGCACGUGCUCGCAGCUGUGCCUGCCCAAGCGCAGCAACCACACCACCUGCAAAUGUGUGCCGGGCUACAAACAACGACAACUACCUGAUGGAACACUGACUUGCGAAUAUCUCGGCCAGCCGCCGCGCCUGCUGGUGGCGGCGGGCGCGUCGCUGUCGGUGCGCGCGCUGCACCGCGAGCGGCCCGCGCCCGGCGCCGCGCCCGCGCCGCUGUCGCCGCUUGCGACCACUGCUGCGCCCGCGCACAAGUCCGCUAACGACAG